GAUAUUUAGUUCGACUCGAGGUUUUAAAAAUCUGACGCAAUAAUAAUAGAUUAAAAUCUUCUUGACUGUUUAAAUAAUAAUUAAAGAAAUCUUUUAACAGUAAACAAAAGUCUUACUCCUAAUAAAAUAGGUUGACAAUUUAAAUAUGUCGCAUAAGACCCUAAUAGAUUUCGUUGUGAAAUAUCAGUCUCCGAGAUUGCUCAAUAGUUUUGUAUUUUUUCCAAGCCAUGGAAAUUCGUUUCUGGGAAGAAGAAUAUCAUUUCCAGUGCCGGUUUCAUCUUCUACACCACGUACUGAAUCAUCGAGGCAGUUUAGUUCAAGUACUAUUCAAUUAAGCACAGUUCCUCUGACCGUUGAGCCAAAGAAAUUUGAAGGAAAAUUUCAACUUAUGUACACAUGUAAAAAAUGCAACACACGAAAUGCUAAAUUUAUUACAAAACUAGCAUAUUACAAAGGAGUUGUCAUAGUUAAUUGUGAUGGUUGUGAAAAUAGACACCUAAUUGCAGAUAAUCUGAAUUGGUUCACAGACAUGAAUGGAAAGAAAAAUAUUGAAGACAUUAUGGCAGAAAAGGGUGAAACAGUACAAAAGAUAAUGUCUCAUGACUUGGAAUUUAUUGCUAAGGAAAUUAUUCAAAAAGAGAAACCAGAACUUAUAGCAUAAUCAUUACUUUCUGUAUCAGUAAAAUAAUUAUGUUAAUUUUAACAUUUACAAUUAAAAUGUGAUAUUAUCCUGAA